AUGGCACCGAACUUCGGAGCCUUCUACGAAAGGCAGGUCCAGACCAUCAAGCGACCACUUCGAAAAAUCCUAGGAUCCGCAGUCCCUCACUUCAGAGACUUAGAAAUAAUCCUCAGCGGAAUCGAAGCGAUGGUUAACAGUCGACCGAUAACUACGGUAGCUUCAGGAGCGGAUGAUAUCGAAGCUCUAUCUCCGGCAGAUCUCCUCUUCGGAUAUAAGGGGAGAACGGUCAUUCCGGAACACUCAUCGAAACCCAGGAAAGCGGCGGACGCAGACAAGAUCAUAUUCUCCAGGAGAUGGAAAUACCAACAGAGAAUCCUCAGUUCUUACUGGAAGCGUUACCACGAUGAGUACCUUCAAUACUUGAAAACAGCCCACAAGCAAACUCCGAUCGCGGCAAGGCCCCUGAAAAUCGACGAUGUGUGCCUACUCCGAGGAGAAUCAUACAAUCGAGCCUUCUGGCCAUUAUGCCGAGUCAUCUCAUUCCCAGAGAAUACCCCACCCGAGAAGGCCCGAUCCUGUACAAUCAGAACAGCCAAGGGCCAAGUCUUCCACCGUCCGAUCCACAAACUAUACCCCCUAGAAGCCUGA